GAGGACGGGCUUGCAAAAAUUCCACCACGAAACUUUUUGACAUUUGACGUUUUGUGUUUCUAAGAUGGCGACGAAAAAAACGCGUCUUUUGUGAAUGUAAUCACAACAAAUUAAAAUUAACGCGAUUAAAUGUGAAAAAAAUUGCAUGAAAAUUGUGAAAAAUAAUAAUUAAAGAAGUGCUAAACACUUUUUGUGUGAAAUUGUGGUUGAAAAUUGAGUGAAAAUGGCCACAAAUAUGUAUCGGGUUGGAGACUAUGUUUACGUAGAGACGAAUCCAAGUAAUCCAUUUUUAAUACGACGCAUAGAGGAGCUAAAUAAAAAUCAGUCUGGUAAUGUGGAAGCAAAAGUUAUGUGCUUUUACAGAAGGCGCGAUCUGCCGAAUCCUCUGGUUCAGUUGGCCGAUAAACAUCAACUGGCAACCGCUGAAGAUUCUCCACUGGCUACGAAGCUGAAGAAAACAUGGCUUAGAACACCAGUAGGCGAAGAGCAGGCCGCACAAGCAGUACUAGAUCCUUCGAUAGCAGCGCUGGAUGAGGGACUGAAUAGUCCUAUACAUCAUGGCCCUGGCGGUGGCACAGCAUCUGCGGAUAAAGGUGAACCACUAACAGCCAAACAACGCUACCAGAUCAAACAUCGUGAAUUGUUUUUGUCACGUCAAGUCGAGGCACUGCCCGCCACACAAAUUCGUGGCAAAUGCUCGGUUACGUUGCUGAACGAGACGGAGUCCCUGCAAAGCUAUCUCAGUAAAGACGACACAUUCUUUUACUGCUUGGUCUUCGAUCCUAACCAGAAGACACUGCUCGCCGACAAAGGUGAAAUACGUGUAGGUAGUCGCUACCAGAGUGAAAUCCCUGCGAAACUCAAAGAUGUCUCGAGCGAUGAGCGCAAGUUAGAAGAUCUCGAAACAUUGGUGUGGAAAACACAGCAUAGCCUGAAUGAUCGAAAAAUUGAUCAGUUUUUGGUGGUAUCGCGCUCGAUAGGCACAUUCGCACGCGCACUGGACUGCAGUAGUUCGGUGAAGCAACCGUCUUUGCAUAUGUCUGCCGCAGCAGCUAGCCGUGAUAUAACACUGUUCCAUGCCAUGGAUACGCUGCACAAGCACAAUUACUCUAUUGAAGAGGCGAUGUGUUCGUUAGUUCCUUCCACUGGGCCAGUACUCUGCCGCGACGAAAUUGAAGAUUGGAGUGCCGCAGAGGCAAAUCUAUUCGAAGAAGCGUUGGACAAAUAUGGCAAAGAUUUCAAUGACAUUCGACAGGACUUUCUUCCUUGGAAAACCCUAAAACAGAUAAUAGAAUAUUAUUAUAUGUGGAAGACAACCGAUCGCUAUGUGCAACAGAAACGUGUGAAGGCUGUUGAGGCGGAACUAAAGUUGAAACAGGUUUAUGUGCCGCAAUAUAAUCAAGUAAAUAAGAGUGGCAGUGGUGGGGUUUCAAUAAAGGGAGGUGCCAAUAUUUAUAAUGGCACUACAAAUGGUGGUGCUGAUCUUUCCAAUAAUGGCAAACCAUGUGAAUCUUGCUCAACAGUUAAAUCGUCACAGUGGUAUCCAUGGACUAGUAGUGGUCACGGUGCAUGCCGUCUUUGUCAAAGUUGUUGGGACUAUUGGAAAAAGUAUGGCGGUUUAAGAAAUGCCGCAAAAACUGAAGUCGAGCAUGAACCCAAAAAGAAAGCUCCAGUUGUAGUCGAAGUUAUCGACACCGAAAAAGUAAGCGAUUUGUCCAAUCGCCAAAUGCAAAAAUGCCCGAUGGUUAAUUGUGGCAAAGAAUUUAAAUUAAAAACUCAUUUGGCGCGUCACUUCGAUCAAGCGCAUGGAAUCGCUAUAAGUUCGGGUUCCCCACGUCCCAUCAUGAAAACUCGCACCGCCUUUUAUCUGCACACGAAUGCAAUGACGCGACUGGCACGUAUUCUUUGUCGAAACUGUAUAAAAACCAAGAAAGCAGCACGCCAAACAUCGUUUGCGAUCAACACGCAAUUGGUGAAGCAGGAAUUUACCAAUCGAAUAAAUGACAAAACUGCUGCCGACAUCAAGAAAAUUUUGCUGAUAAAGAGAAAAAAGCGAGAACGCGGCAGUGUUACAAAAAUAGCAAAUCGUCUGGGUUCACCAGGCAAUGGACCACAUGAAUGGUUAGUGUUGACACCAAAGGACAAAAUACCAAAACCCGAUGUGGUCUCAUUUCCCAAACCACCAAAGGCACCCGAUGGCAGUUUGUUGUAUGAGCGCGUACCUAACAAAAUUGUGGAGAUCGAGAAAGAUUUAACCAUUAUACCAACUCCAGCGCCGGUAGUAACAACUCCUGUUGCUGCUGCAGUACUACCUGCGGCAGUACCUGCUAUUUCGCCAGUACCAGCUUCAAAGGUAACAACAACAACCAAUACAGCGGCAUCAGCGCCAAAACCAGCAGCAGAUCGUCCUAGGGUGACCAAGGAUUUGCAGCCAGUUCCAGUACCAGCUACAGGCGGCGGAGCUGCAGCAGCGCGCCGUACUGAUUGUUGGCGCAAGCGCGGUCGUGACCGGAAUGAGGAAACCGUGGAUGGGAUGCUUUACCCUGUAUAUCCGCCAACGAAGCGUCCCAAUAAGGAUCCCAUGCCAUCACAUCGUCCAAGCAAUGAACAAUUUGCCGCAAUGAUGGCCGCUGCGGGUCAUACCUUAACGAGACAUCACUUAAACGGCAAACCAAAACUAGCACAAAUGGGACGUACCGGUAAUGGACGAAAGCAAGUCAUAAGCUGGGUCGAUGCACCAGAUGAUUAUUAUUUUAGAGCUACCGAUGGCAGCAAAAAAUGGCGCAAGACACUUUCCCCUGCCGACCUGCGACGUGUUGCACGCAAACCAUGGCGAGAUCUACCAUUCAAGGCACAACAAAUUGCACAGAUGGCACAUGUUGUUACAGCACCGGCCGUGCCGGUGAGCAGACAAAUCGAAUCGCAAGUUGUAAUACUCGACUGACCGUCGUCAGUGACAGCAAUCACAACAAGCACAACAACAACAGCAGUGGCAAUAUCAACCGCAGUGACAUCUACAGAAAUAGGCACAACCGUUGCAACGUCAAUGGGUCGCAAUGAGAAACCAUUACAGCUGCAACAACAACAGCAACAGCAGCAACAAAUACAAAAACAACAGCUACAACAACAAAGCAAAACCACACCACCACAACGCACCCCGCCACCAUUUCCAUACACGAUGGAUGCGUUGCUAAAUUAAAUGUGUGUGUAAAGCGUUUUGAACAUACAUGGGAAUACAAGUCUUGUGCAUGUCCAUGUUAAGGUGAGGCUACUGAGAGGGCGGAAAUCUUCCGUAUUACUUAAACACCUAGUUACGCUUGCGUAGUUGCAUUGGCAAUAGCGAAAUGUGUGUGUGUAUAUAGAAAAGAAAGCAAUUAAAACGAUUGUCUAGAGAUAGUACAUAAAUAAUUUGAUCAAUGGGAAAGUUGGCAACAACGGUGAAAAGAAAAUAUGGACAACGAUACAGCUACAUAUUUACAACUUUAAUAGCUUGUAAUUAAAUAUUUAAAAUAUACAUAGAAGAAUAAAAUAUUAACACUUAAGCAAAAUCAUCACCACAUAUAAAUACGUAUGCAUGGCGCAUGUAUAUCUUGAAUAUAUGUUGAUUUGAUAUGUCUUCACGGAAAAUAGCUUACUCCCAGCUUAAAAUUAAAUCCGUAAGUACAUGCAUAGCCGUGUAGUUAUUUACAAAACAAACAAAAAACACAAAAAACAAAAAAAAAACAUACAUAUACACAAUUAUAUACACAUACAUUUUAUUGUAAAUUUAUUCUGUUCACUUUCGUUAGCUUCAAUUUUUUAUAGCUUAACCUAAAACCCUCCUAUUGACUUUGUUGUAAUAUGCCUUCUCCUGCUCUGCGUAAAAUAGCCUGCUCUCCAAACAAUUGGCCUUUUAUUUUUAACUUUUUAGUUUAAGUACCUUAUUGCAUGAAGUGUAAAUGCCUUUACAAUUAUUUCAUCUAUUCUGCUUAGUUCAAUAAGUAUUCAAUGUUCAUUUCAUGCUAAGAUAUUAGAUUUAAAGUAUUGUACAAUUGCUACUAGUGUUGCCACAGGUGACACGCAAUGUUGAAUGUGUUUUUAAAUUAAAGCUAAAAACGGGUAAAUUGUUUUCCACUGAUCACUGAUAUAACUUCUGUUAUAUACGAUUUGUCAAUUAAGAAAAGUGCACCCUUUUUAUUUCAUUUGUAGGUUUAACAUUUUUAUCAUUAAAUCCUACGUCAACUGAGUUUCAUGAACAAUUUCCAACUUCUUGUUUCGAUCCAUCGUGUCUUAGUAUGGUAUUAUUAUAGUUUUUUUUUUGUUAACUGGACGAAAUAUAUUUUAAGAAUUACCUUCAUUGUCGAUUGCAUUAUAAAAACUUCAUGCGCUAAAUAUUGCUUAAAAACGGACUUUUCUUUUACAACAAGCAAGCGGUUAUAACUCUUCCAAAUUUGUGUUGUUUAGAUUUUAUCUAUUUUUCUUAGCAUCUUUAGUCAUAUAAAAUGUACAUACAUAUAUACUGACUUCUUUGUUUGUUUAGCAAAAUGUCUUCUGAACUCACUUUUUGUAUGUGAUUUAUGUGUUGUAAAAUCGCAGAACUGAAUAAAGUUAAAGCCUAUAAAUAACACAGUAAUACCCAAGAACACAAUAAGAAUCAAAUUUAUUUCUAAACUAAAUAAACCUAAAAAUCGUGUUAAUUGCAUACAUAUAUACAGACAGUCCCGACCUAUUCAUGUAAAUGCAAGCACUUUAACUACUUGAAACAAUUGACCGAAAAUACGUACUUUAAGGUGAUUUGACCAAUUCAGUCUACUGCUAAAUAAGAGGCGGUUAAAUGCCUUAAGCCUCAAAAUUGUUAAUUACACUUUAUGGAUACAAAAAAAAAAAAAAAAAUACAAAAACAAUAAUGUUGAAAAAUAUACAUUAUAUUCGCAUGAAAAAUUAAAUCUUAACACAUCAACAUAAGAUCCAGACUAUAGUAAAAGCAUUGUAUAGGAAAAAUCAAAAUAAAUUUAAUUAAAAUAUUUUUUUGUUUGUACGUUAAAAGAAGGGAGAGGUGAUGAGUUAUUGCUAGCUGAGACUUGGAUACUAUGUUUGAAGUACGGCGUAAAGUUGUUUGCACCUUAAACCUUAAGAAAAAGUGUACGAAGGAGCCGCAAUGCAGAUUUCAGUUAGGAUUUUAUACAGCAAACAAGAAAAAAUGUAAUGUAAUGAAUUAACAUUAUAAAUAUGAAAAACUAUAUAAUUAAAAUAUAUACAUAUUUAUGUAGUCGUAUUUGUAAUUUGUAGUGUACGUAUAUAUAUAAAUAUAUAUAUUUUACUAUAAAAAUUUACUUUACAAUAAAAUUAACAAGAGCAGAUGAAGCGCAAUGCAGCGCGUGAGAAUGACGUCAAGUAAUGCCGAAAAAAAUUUUAGUGUAGUUCGAAACUUAAAGUAAUAAAUAUUUCUAAGUGUAAGCAUUUUUUUAAUGAAUUAAUUAACGGUUUAAUUAUAAUAAAAAUAAUAUAUAAUA